GUUCCCUGAAGUUCGCGGGAAGGAGGAUACAGCUCCAGAUUAUAGACGCAGUCGAGGGGAAGGAGAACCCCAAGUUCCGACACAGCCUCUACCCGGGAACCCACAUCUUCGUGGUCUGUUUCUCCGUGGCCAAGCCGCUGUCCCUGCGCCACGUGGAGGAGGUCUGGUUGCCCGAGAUCAGAUCCUAUGCGCCCAAUGUGCCCUUCAUCCUUGUCGGGGCACAAGCUGAUUUAAGAUCAGUUGGUGUCAUUCGAGAAAUGCUUGCCUCUUGUGGUCAACGACCGGUAACAACAGCUGAAGCAGCCAUGGUUGCCAGAAGAGUUGGUGCCGUCUGCUACAUUGAAACUUCACCGGAAGUGGAGAAGAACGUCCGUAAACUCAUCAACUCCGCCAUUGCUUCCGUUCUGCGAGUCAGGGGUGGCGACUCUAGUUUAUGCACAAUAUUGUAA